AUGUCCUCGUUGACAGACAUGCAUUACCCAACCGGCGCAUCCGCGCCGGCCUCCUGUUCGCCGCCGGACUCGACCCCGUCCCCCUCGACCUCGAGCGCCACGGCCCAAUCUUCCGCGCGCCGACCCCCACGCAAGAGCACCUUGACCCAGCAGCAGAAGAAUAACAAACGCCAACGGGCUACUCAGGAUCAACUGGUCCUUCUGGAGGUGGAGUUCAAUAAGAACCCAACCCCAACUGCGGCCACCAGAGAGCGCAUUGCAUCGGACAUUAACAUGACCGAGCGUUCGGUUCAGAUUUGGUUCCAGAACCGCCGUGCUAAAAUCAAGAUGCUGGCCAAGAAGAGCAUUGAAACUGGUGAAGGGUGUGAUUCCAUUCCUGAAUCUAUGCGCCAUUACCUUGCGAUGCAGUUCGACCCAAACAAGCCGGGGGCAAGAGACCCCUUCGGCCGCGCCGGUGCAUACGGUCCCCCUAGCAUGUACGCGAGUGAAACUAACCCAUCUGGCAAAGUCGUCAUCUCUCACUUCACUUGUCGAUCCUUGACCGUCGGCAGCUGGCGGCGCAUUGGGCAAAAUGCCAUGGACCUGGUUGUGUUCUACUCGCCUGAUAAGGCGUGCAUGACCUACUACAUCAACAACGAUGCUGCCGGCUACAAGAUCGAGUAUCCUUUCGCCUAUAUCAAGAACAUCACUCUGGAGACUGGAGAUCCCAACCCUGGCCCCAAUGGCGCGCCGCCUCGACCAGGCGGUCUGGUCGUCGAACUGAACCGCCCACCGCACUUCUACAUGGAUUCUUCCAACUCUGGUGGCUUCUACCAGUGUGGUGAUUUCACCGAAGAGCAGCAAGCAAGCCAGAUCAUGGUUCAUCAUCUGGGAGGCCAUCCCAAGGUCUUGAGCGUUCAGCUUGCCAAGCUGGUGUCCUUGGAAUCUUUCCAAAACCGCCUGGCUUACAACAACAACAGCUUCGCGGCCCCGCCAGCAAUGUCCCCGCCAUUCAUCCAGCGACCUGCCUCGCAGCCCAAUCAGUUUGCCGUAUCCCCUUACUUGAACCUGUACCAGGACAGCAACCACUUAGGGUUCAACAUGCCACCAGCCCGCGGACACAAGCGCCAACGAAGCCGCUCCGUCCCCGUCGCUGUGGACAUCUCGACUCUCCAAGGCCCCAUGUCUUCCUUCCACGUGCCACCACCUCCCCCUCCUCCAUUCAACCACACUGAGGCGGGAAUCUAUGCUCCCGUGCCACAGUCCGUCCACCACCUCCCUACCGACCUUCGAAUCGAUACCCAGGGAUACGGACUCGAUUUCCGAACAAACCCAAUGUCCGCCACGACCACCGGAUCCCCAUCUGACUUUGCCAGCCCGAUGUUCAGCAGCGCCGGUCAAGGCGACUCCACUCCUGUCGCCAACAUGCCACCGCAAUUCAACUUCGUCUCCGGCGGAUCAACGGAGCCCUCGACAAUGGGCUCCCAUGCUCCAUCCCCUUACUCCAGCGUCAGUCCUGCGGACCCAUUGAUCGCCAACCACUCCCCGCCGCUGUCAAACAUGUCGCACGGUUCAUCUGACUUGUACGGCUUCUCGCACGAUCAGCAAUCCGGUUUCGACGAUAGCCUCUCCAUGGACAUGUACUCGAAGCACCAAGUCAACUUCGUCUCUCACGAAAACCCUACCUUUGAACUACCUAUGCACGGCCUGUCCCAUCCCUCGCCGGGAAUGGGCGACUACAAAGAUUACGCCCAUGACAUGACCAACCUGGAUGAAAUCAACUCCCAGGGAUUGCCUACUUCAUGA